AUGUCAAACUCGGCAAUCGCGAAGCCAUUGACGUUAGCAUGUGGCCUUACUUUGCCCAACCGCCUCACAAAAGCGGCGAUGGCCGAGAACAUGGCCGACAGCGAAGGCUUACCCUCCCCUGCUUUCCACGCACCUUAUGCUGAAUGGGCCGAUGGUGGUUGGGGAUUGGUCUUGACCGGCAACGUGGAAGUCGACCAGAGGUACCUUGGUUCGCCCAAAGACAUUGCAUAUAAUGAUUCUAUUCCGUAUGAGCGGCAGCUGGAUGCCUGGAAGGCCUGGGCGAAGGUCUGCAACAAGAAUGGCACCCCGACCAUUGUCCAGGUCAACCAUCCUGGCCGCCAAUCUCCCCUUGGCGCUGGCAAGCGUGGCUUUUUUGAAAAGGCAAUUGCACCCAGUGCGAUACCUUUGAACUUUGGGCAAGGUCUUGUCGCGCGUCUUAUCAGCUCUUUGGUCUUCGGUACUCCUCGGCAAAUGACUGUUGCUGAUAUCAAAGAUGUUGUUCGUCGCUUCGCCCUGACGGCUAAAUUGGCGUCGGAAGCCGGUUUCGCCGGGAUGGAAAUUCAUGGCGCCCACGGCUACCUGCUAGCUCAAUUCAUGUCCGAAAAAAGCAACGAGCGAGCCGACGAAUACGGCGGAUCACCAGCCGCCCGUGUGAAGAUCGUUGUUGAAAUCAUCCGGGCGAUCCGUGAAGUGGUACCGAAGACCUUCUGUGUCGGAAUCAAAUUCAACUCGGUUGACCACCAGUCUCAACCUGAGCUCGAUGCCUGCAUCGAACAGCUCAAGUUGAUUACUGAUGCUGGGGUUGACUUUUUGGAGGUCAGCGGUGGCACAUACGAAGACCCCCUGUCAGACCGUACAAAGGCUCGCGAAGCUUUCUUCCUUGAGUUCGCUCGGGCGAUCCGCCGUGACUUCCCAGAUGUCCCCUUAAUGGUGACUGGCGGCUUUCGUAGCCGUCAAGGGAUGGAGGCGGCCCUUGCAAACAGAGGCUGCGAUCUCAUCGGACUAGGCAGGCCUGCAGUGUUGAACCCGGCACUACCAAAGAAUACCAUUCUUGCAGCUACUGUCAAGGACGAGGACGCUAAGUUGUACGUGCGCAAGAUCGAGGCGCCCUGGUUCACCAAGAAGUUUGGACUCAAGGCAAUUGGCGAGGGCGCUGCGACGGCCUGGUACGGGGCUGAAAUACGUAAGCUGGGAAAGGCAGAGUAG